AUGUCUCCCACGAUGGAAGAGGGAGGCAUUGUUGGUUGGAAAGUGAAAAGUGGCCAAGAAUUUGCUGCUGGCGAUGUGUUGCUUGAGGUCGAGACCGACAAGGCCACGAUUGAUGUGGAGGCCCAAGACGACGGCAUUAUGUGGGAGAUCUUGGAGAAUGACGGUUCCAGCGGAAUUGCUGUCGGUAAACCUAUUGCAUUGUUGGCUGAGCCUGGCGAUGAUUUGUCGUCUUUGGAAAGACCUGACUUGGAAGCGGAGACACCUGCUCCCAAGAAAGAAGAGCCCAAGAAGGAACAGCCGGAACCUGCAGCAGAACCUCCUAAGGAACGCAAGACUGAGUCAGCGCCAAAGGAGACUCAACCAACAGUUGAAUCCAAUCAAGGCUCAAGCGAGGUCUUCACGAAGGCCAACCCACAGCAGAAGCUCACACCAGCUGUGGAACUAUUGCUUCACAGCAAGGGUAUUUCCGCCGAGGACGCAAUUUCCAAAAUUCCAGCCUCCGGUCCUAAGGGUAGACUCUUGAAGGGUGACGUGUUGGCCUACUUGGGCGAGAUCAACAAGGGAGCUGUCGAGAGAGUUGCCUCAUACAUCAAGAACAAGGAACACUUGGACUUGUCCAACAUCAAAAUUGCUCCUCCAAAGGAAGCCGAGAAAGCCGAACCAAAGAAGCCAGAGGUUGUGAAGCCCUCAAACGUUUUAAAGAUAGAAUUCACCUCGGAGUUGGGCGAGGGUGUUUCGGAGUACAAGUUCCAAUACGCUUUUGAGAAAGCAUUGCAUUCUGCCGUCACUCAGACAUAUGGCACAAGAUUCCCUGAGUACUCGAGAGGACCAUCUCCAUCGGCAUUGGAAGUUGAUGAUGUCUUCGACGACUUGCUCGUUGCCCCCGUGUCAAAGAAGAGAUUCGAUGUCUCCGGUAUCCAGUACAAGUUCAUCAACCUGGUGCCCACAAAUUCUGGUGCAUUCGCCGCUGCACCUAAAGACUCUUUUGAUGAGCUUCUAGGACUCGAAUCUACUCCGGCACCAAUCUCCGGAGAUGUGGAGGGGCCUGUUAGCGCUAAUGUGACAUUCAAUGUUGCUUAUGAUGAGAAGUUGGUGGAUUCCAAGGAGUUUGUUGAGGAGUUUCAAGAAUCUUUGCUUAGUCAAAUUCCAGCAAAGCAGCUCAUCAUCACACAAUUGUGA